AUGUUCACAGCGUCCACCACGAGUAAGUGGUACGCCACACCCUUUGGUUUAACUUCUGAAUAUGCCCACCCAGCUGAAAUUUUGUUCCUGGGAUUCGCCACAGUUGUUGGUCCUGCUCUUACUGGCCCUCAUCUGUUCACCUUGUGGCUGUGGAUGGUGUUGAGGGUAUUGGAGACAGUUGAAGCUCACAGCGGCUAUCACUUCCCAUGGAGCCCAUCAAAUUUCCUGCCACUGUAUGGCGGCUCGGACUUCCAUGACCACCAUCACCGUGUGCUGUACACAAAGUCAGGGAACUAUGCCUCGACAUUUGUUUACAUGGACUGGUUGUUCGGGACGGACAAGGAUUAUCGCAAGGCAAAGACCAUUGAGGAAAAAGAAGGGAAGAAUCUGUAG